CUGAUCGGUGAAUGUUGAUUUGUAUGUUUCCGGUUAAAUAUUUUAGAACAUUAUUUUUUCACUUUUGCAUGGAUUACAAAUUUGAGUCAUUUGUCAUUACUCCUGUAAGCUUUGUCGUGUAAUUUCUCUAAAUGAUGCCAAUGGUGUCACCUGAGCACAGGCCGCGCAUCUGUGAAGUUGACAUUUGCAAGCCUUAUCAGUUGACAAGACAGGACAGGUUGUCUUAUGCCUGGAUGUUGCUCUGAUGUUGCAAUAUGUAGAUAUUUUGUAAUGGAUUUCUUUAGAAUUGCUGUCGGUAGCCUAUUUCAUCGUUUAGACCACCCCGCAGAAAUUGCCUGACCUUCGAAAAUGAAAAGCCUAAUGUUAAAUGAAAGCAUAUCAAUAUUCUAAUGUCAAUCCAUGUAACUUAUUUAUAAUCUAUUAUUGAUAUCGUAGACGUUGGAGCUGCAGAGUGGUGUCAUUUGCCCUUACAGGAAGACAAGACCAUGGCAGGGACAGCGCGACACGACCGGGAGAUGGCGAUAAACGCCAAGCGUCAGUUAUCGGCUACCUCAGAUCCUGUGGAGCGGUUGAGGCUCCAGUGUUUGGCAAGGGGGUCAGCUGGAAUCAAAGGACUGGGCAGGACUUUCAGGAUUAUGGAUGAUGACAACAGCCGUACUUUGGAUCUGAAGGAGUUUCUGAAGGGGUUAAAUGACUAUGGCGUUCUGAUAGAAAAGGAAGAAGCUCUUAAACUGUUCCAGCACUUUGACAGAGAUGGCAGCGGCCAGAUUGACUUUGAUGAGUUUCUGAUUACACUAAGGCCACCCAUGUCCAAUGCUAGGAAAGAGGUGAUCAUGCAGGCGUUUAGAAAGCUCGAUAAGACAGGCGAUGGGGUCAUAACCGUUGAAGAUCUUCGGGGCGUGUACAAUGCCAAAAACCAUCCUAAAUAUCAAAAUGGAGAAUGGACAGAAGACCAAAUAUUCCGACAGUUUCUGAACAGUUUUGACUCCCCCGAUGACAAGGAUGGAAAGGUGACCAAAGAGGAGUUCUUGAACUACUACUGUGGAGUCAGUGCCUCCAUCGAGAGUGACGUCUAUUUCAUUCUGAUGAUGAGAAAUGCCUGGAAACUCUGAUUGUGCCAUACCAAUAACCCAUGUGCCUAUUUACUAAUUAAUUCUCAAUGUGUACUGUGUAUGAAAAUGAUGUAUGCCACAAUGUUAUAUGGAAACCUUCAAGGGGGGAAAAGUUAUAUUAUGCUGUAUAAUUUUGAAAAACUCUUGAAUUGAAAGCUUUUUGAAAGCUCUUGAACAUUGUAGUUGUUCUUUAUUGCUUAAGAGCUGUAAUCAUUCGUAUGAUCUGCAGUAAUGCCUUUCAUUUUACUUUCAAGAUCAUGUUUUUGGUAAACUUUGUACUGUGUAGUUGAGUGUUUAUUGUACCUCAAUAACAAGCCUUUGCAGUGUGAUUUCAUCAUCUUGCGGAGCUGUGUAGCAUUUAGUUGUGUAACAAUCAGUCAUCACAUCUCUGAAGUGUGAGAAUACACAGUAAACACUACUUGACAGGAGUCUGUAUUUUAGUUGUGCCUGACUAAUUAAAAGUCUAGAUGAUAUUA